GAAGUUAGCCGAGUUUGAAUCAGAGAGAGUUGAGCUUAAGGCCAGGCUUUCCGAAGCUCUAAGUCAGGCUGUGGAAGAGAGUAAGAGACGUGAUGCUGAGAAUGCCGAACUCAAGACUAGAAUUGAGGAGUUGGAGAAAUGUAAGGUAGAUUCUUCAGCCGAGAAUGUUAGACGCGAUGUUGAGUUUGCUGAGCUAAAGGCCGAAGUAGUGAAACUAGCUGAAGGUGCUCAGGCAAGGGAUGGCAAUGAGGAGAGCAAACAGCCAAUCCAAGAUAUUUCUCCCGAAGUAAUUGUCAAUGUACCUAGCACUAAUAUAGAUCAGUGUAGUAAAGGGUUCCAAAGGGACCAG